CUCAGUAGUAGGACACUAGCCGGUAAACUGCAUCACAUUCCGCCGCAGAGGUUUGACUACUGUCAGAAGAAACACAAAACGUUUUACAGCUGACGCUCCUGAGUCGCCGGAGUAGCGACCUGAAAACUGAUCCCAGUCCUGAUCUGACCGAUUACCUGCUGACAGAAAGAGGGAGGCGGGAUACCACUGCUGUUACAGAAGUUGCCUUCAGACUUCAGACAUUACUCCUGGCUUACAGAAAAUUACAAUGGCUGACCGUUUUGACUGUGACAACUGCAAGGAGUCUUUGUAUGGGCGCAAGUACAUCCAGUCAGAUGACAGUCCCUACUGCAUCCCCUGUUACGACAGCCUGUUCUCAAACACAUGUGAUGAGUGCAAGGAGCUGAUCGGCCAUGAUGCAAGGGAGCUCUUUUACGAGGACCGGCAUUAUCAUGAGCACUGCUUCCGCUGUUUCCGCUGUGAUCGCUCGUUGGCAGAUGAGCCUUUCACCAGUCAGGAUGACGCGUUGCUCUGCAAUGACUGCUACUGUAAUGAGUUCUCCUCCAAGUGUGUAGCCUGCGACAAGGUCGUCAUGCCAGGUACGAGGAAGUUGGAAUAUGCGGGCUCUACAUGGCACGAGGGCUGCUUCCUCUGUCACAGCUGCGAACAGCCGAUUGGCUCGAAGUCCUUCAUCCCUGACAAGGAUGAACACUACUGUGUGUCCUGCUAUGAGGACAAGUUCGCUCCACGCUGCACACGCUGUAAAAAGACCCUGGCUAAAGGUGGUGUGACCUAUCGGGACGAGCCGUGGCAUAAGGAGUGUUUUGUGUGCACCAGCUGUAAGACACAGCUGGCGGGUCAACAUUUCACCUCCCGAGACGAAAACCCUUACUGCCUCAAAUGCUUUGGCAGCCUUUACGCCAAGAAAUGCGAGGCCUGCAGCAAACCAAUCACAGGUUUUGGAGGAGGAAAGUACAUCUCAUUUGAGGAUCGCCAGUGGCAUCAGCCAUGCUUCACCUGCUCCCAGUGCUCUGUUUCACUGGUGGGCGCCGGCUUUUUCCCUGAUGGUGACAGGAUCUUGUGCCGCGACUGCAACAGCAACCUAUAGAGUAAUUUACCAUAUCCUCACCCUUCCCUUGACUUACCUUUCCCCCUUCAUCACAGCAUUUCAAGAACCCCAAGUUAUUACCGAGGAAGGUAACACAGGCUAACAAAUGCUGCCUCUCAGGUUGUUUUUAUAUAAAGAGAUCAGUUCCUCGUGGUCCCUGUCUGGGUCAGAUUUUCAUCCAGGAGCUAGCAAGCAAAAUCCUGUUUUGAUGCUGCAUUGUUUGAAUGAACCACCACAAAGAUUUCCUCUUUAUCCAGAAAGUUAAUGAUUUUAUGAAACAAAGUUUAUGGAGUGCCUUAAGAAACAUGAGUUAUAUGUUAUGUACUAUUGAACCAAAGAAACGCAAAAAUGCUAAUCACUUGCUAGUCACUUUGCAAUCAUAUUGUAUACAAAAAAGUUGACACUUCUAAUAGAGAUCCAGCUCUGAAUAGAACACACAGAACACUGAUACAGUAAUAGUAUGUAAACCUUACAGUCUGUAUUCCAAUUAUGGUGGAGGUACUGUUAUAAUGCUCUUAUAACUGCAGUUUUAAGCAUUUUAAUUAAAAUAUGUCAGAAAGUAAAAACAAGAAGAACAUUUUAACUUUGCUGAUUAUGCUUUCAGUGAGGUAGUCAGUUUAUGGUAGUUAUGAUCAAUAAAGUCAUUUGCACUUUGGAUAAAAUAUUCUCUUGCUACCAUGUUAUGUGCACAUAAAAACACAAUUUACAAAAAUGGCACACAGACCACUUUUUUUGUCAUGUAUCUGCUUUUGUUGAACUUUGCAAUGACACUUAUUUUUACAUAAAGUUUCUUCUUAUUUCUGUCUUUUCCAUUUGUUGUAAUGAAUCUUUUUAUCGCUGUUGCUCCAAGAGCCAGCAUUUAUAAGGGGCGGAGCUAGACUCUCAGCACAGAGGAGGCGGAGCAUUCUCAAGGGGUCCUUCUGAUAAAGUCAUUUUAAAAUUCACAACUGUAAAAUAGCUGAUAUAUCCUAUCCAUAAACACAAACUGACACUUAUUGAGCUAAGCAAGCCUAAGUCUAAGAAAACAUACAGUGAAGCCACUUUGUCAGACAAGCUUAUACUGAAGAACAAAAAAGAAAACACGUUUCCAGUCGCUUUCAAAUGUUUCAGCACCGAGGACAACACGCAGCAUUCUACGUGCAUUGAUUGACGAAUGGUUCAGUACCACCGCCGAUAGACAGCAGUCUGCCAGGCAGCUGUUCUGGAUGUAAAAUGUAUCCAGGAAAAGUUACAAUAGAGUCUAAAAUGUCAGCAUUUACAACACUACAAGGCCUCUUCAAAUACAAAGUAGACAGUCUACAACACCACAGGCAGUGACACAGACAGGUGCUGAGAUGCGGUAAACAUGGAGUUAAACAACAGAAUAAUCUAACAUUCUGAGUGAUUUCUUCAUAACCAAAAGUUAAUAAAGACUAAUUAUGGAUGUUUAACUCACCAAUUGUUGUCGCUGCUCAGCCUGCUGUAGUCUGUUGUAGUCCAUCUGUGUAUUCCACCGUCCUCUGUAGAACAAAAUAAUGCAGGUUAACGAACGUUAUUGCGGUUGGGUUGUGUUGAAAGGAUGAGCAAGACGAGAAGUAAGAUGUAAGAGGAGCACAGGAUGCAAACAAACCUUUCUUACUCUCUCGCUUCUUGUGUUUUAAUGCACCCAAUUUGUGCUUUCUCUACAUUUUACGCCUAGCUAGAUUAACAAAACACAAAUGGCAAAUGGGGGUGGUUCAAAACAAGGCUUCUACUAAAAUAUUGUAGUGACAGCCCAAAUUUCCCAUCAUGCCUAGUGCUGUACUUAAUAGUUUAAGUUUGCUGUUAUGUUCCAAAAUGCAAAUGUUACUUUUUGUUAGUGAUUGUAAUGUGUAUGUUAAGAACAUGUUGGUUUGGUAAUUUUCAUUUUUGUGCUGGUUUAUAGUUUUACCCAUUAGUGAGGUGGCUGUUACAUUUCUUGACCACAGCUGUAUUUUACUUCUGUGAUUUAGAGUUCUUUUCUCUUUGUGUUGAAUGUCGUUAAAAGGUUGACUUGCUUAGAGCUGCUUUCUGUCUCUCAUUCCUCAUUGUUUGCCACAAUAUGACCAAUUACACCUAUCAAACAGAGGGAAUUAGAAACAAACAGCUGCCUCUAAUACAAGCCUGCUUCAAAUAAAGUUAUAUUACCUUUUGCUGCUGAGGUAAAUAAAGGCCCUCUAACUAUUUGAGAAAAUUCAAAUAUGGUUGAUCAGUAGGGUCCCCUACUGAGGUUGUGGGGUGCUCACCCCCUCUGCCCCUGUGGUUGCAUCGCUUAUGCUCAUAACCCAAAAGAAGCUGAAAUGAAAUGCAAUACUGUGGUUUAUUGCAGGAGUGUGCAUGUGUUCAUCUGCCAUGAUUUGCCUCAAUAAGUGCUUUGUUUCUGUUAAUGCUGUUAGUGUUUAGUUUUUUCAUUGUCACUUUGUAACAUGUAUGUGAAAAAUUACCUAUAUUUCAUUAUUUCAGCUUUGAUGCUGGUGAGUCAGAGUUGGCAAAUUAACCUUUUCAGAUGGAAAAUACGCCAUUGAGGCGAUAACAGUAUGAACUUACUGUAAAAAAGAUAAUUGAUAUGGCUAAUGCUACAUGUUUAGUUUUGUUUGUGAAGUCUUAUUAAAUAAAUUUACACUGACUGAU